AUGACCGCGGUGAUGACCAUGGGUGGUGGACUGGCACCCGCUUCCCGACACGACAUAAUCAGUACUCUGUUGAACGACUACGGCAGCUCCUGGGAAAACGGGGGGUCUUCGCCGUAUGCAGUCUCUCCCGUGCGCGACCUGCCACCGCUGCCGUCCAUCAAAGACCUUCCGCCGCCUCCCCCUAAAGACGACAAGCCGCUGCCUUAUUUCAUGCGUUUCCAGCUCCGAGUGGACGAGGCAAGCACGAAGCCGCCGACGCAGCAGGAACCCACAAUCAUCCACUCUAAAUCUAUCAGUCGCGGCAGAAAGCCCAACAACCUCAAGCUCGCCAUAAGCAACGGUGCCACUGCCGUCCUACCAUCCACACAGCUUACCAACGCGUCAUCUACUACUGCUGCACAUACACCGCAACUCUCGGACCGCCCGCUGCCAGGAUUACCCGAUCUGCCACCGCCUCCACCUAGAAAGUCAUCCCUGCGGCCUCAGAUGGGCAACAAGGACUCCAAGGUUGCAAAUGAUAAGGAAGAGAAAGCGACGUCGCCCAAGGGCAGCGUCUUCAAGCGACGUCCAGUACCCGCUCCCAAGGUGCCUGGAGUGAAGAAGUAUCCCACACUUGGUGAUACUCUCUCCAGAACGGGCUUGAAGCACAAAAAGUUGGUCGACCGAGGAAGUCUAGUCGACCAGCAAAGCACAGCCGACCAGCGAAGCAUUGCAGCCUCCACGUCACCCAGUACAAUUCCAUCACACGCGCAAACUCGGUCGAAUGCCACCGACUAUUCCUCAACGACGCCGACCAAUGUUACCUCGCUAGCUGGUACGUCUCGAGCUGGCACUUCUACAGCCACAGGCAGAACGGGCAGCACCUCCAUCGACACGAACGGGCCUCCAACCCCAGAACCAAGGACUUCUCUCGUUCCAUCGCUUCCAUCGCCCAGUCCUGUACCAGAAGAGUCUCCCUCCAAAUAUGGCCUUCGGGAUCGAUCACCAAGCCCGAAAGCCGGACCGCCCCCCGUAUCCAAGCACUACCGGGGGAAAAGCAGCACGGGUUUCGACAUCUUCAAAGCUUCUUCCGGACUCCAGAACGCGCGAGCGUACCUGAAUACCAUCACACCGUCGCCUACGCCCUCUCCCAUCGUAACGCCCAUCGCAAGUGUAAUGAACACCACGACACAGUCCCAGGAGACGAGUGAGGAUGAGCCGCUCUAUUCGCCCCGCUCGCCGAAAAUACAGGAACUACGGAGGAAGCGCUCAUCGAUUCUUUUAUCCCUGAACGAAAACCGGCCUGCUACCUGCAACGCCCCGUAUCUCACCGUUACACACACCGACUGCUACCACAACCACGCCCACUUCCACCCUGGAAAGAACACAGCCUGCCCCGUAGCAUGCAUGCUCUGCUACAAAGACGAGCCAAGUGAACGGUGGACCUGCACAUGGUGCGCCCUUCGGAUCUGUUCAGGCUGCCGCGCAAACCUCGAAAGAGUGCCUAGCCGCAAUAUCUGCGCUUUGAAAAACUCGAAUUUCAGCACCAAAGAUUCGCGAACGCGCUCCCGUGUGAGUAGUGGGCCAGGCGUCGUGCUAUGGGAAUCGAAGAUGGAGAAGGUUAGAAAGUGA